AUGGGAAACCAUGGUGGCUGGGCUGGGUUGAACUGCGAAAAAGCGACAAAGGCGUUGAGUCAGCGGUGCAAACAUCCGAGGGCAUACGUUCCUAAUAGCGAGCGAGGCAAACACGUACCGAAGUCGGUAUGGACUACACCUCUUUAUCGUUCAAGAGUCGGCGUUUUGGAGGUUCUCAAAGGCUCGUUUGCCAUUGCCUCUUUCAUUUGCUAUCGCUCCACUGAACCUGUUCUCGAACCUUAUACAUUCCGUUCCAUCCGCUUGUACAUCUCAUCGAAAUUUGGAGCUUUGCACGAAAGUGAUUACAACACACCAGUCAUUCACAGUUUGGGAAAAACAGACGCCAUGACCCACGAAUAUUCUUUCUCUAAUGCCUGUGAAUGA